UCACCACCGCCAAUCAUUUUCUCACGUUGGCAAUUAAUUAGUGCUUAUUAUUAAUUGCACAAUGGCCUCAGAAAAUGGAGAGAAAGUGGAGAUAGGUUUGAAUGCAGUUCCUCAAGAGACACAUAAGCCAAAGAAGGAUUGGGUUCUUUUGUCCCUCAGAAUGGUUGCAUUUUUUGCCACUGCUUCUGCCACACUUGUGAUGACUUUUAACAAACAAACCAAAAGCUUCGUAGUUGCCACCGUCGGUAGCACUCCAAUAACAGCCACUCUUGCUGCAAAGUUUAACCAAACUCCAGCUUUUGUGUUCUUUGUGAUAGCCAAUGGAAAUGCCAGUCUGCAUAACUUGGUGAUGAUAGUAAUGGAAGUAUUAGGACCCCGAUAUGAUUACAAAGGACUCCGGCUUGCACUAAUUGCAAUAUUAGAUAUGAUGACUAUGGCUCUGGCUUCAGCUGGGGAUGGUGCAGCAACAUUCAUGUCUGAAUUGGGAAAGAAUGGUAAUUCACACGCAAGGUGGGAUAAGAUCUGUGACAAGUUUGAAACCUAUUGCAACCGAGGUGGUGCUGCCCUUAUUGUCUCUUUCGUUGGCUUCAUUCUCCUCCUCAUUAUUUCAGUGAUGUCGGUUAUCAAGCUGCUCAAGUCAAAUCGCAUUAACCACGCUUCUCCAUAAUAACACAUAUUUGGUCAUACUAUUUUAUGUGUUGGUCGCAUAGAAAUUAACAUAAAUAAUGAUUUCGGUCGUAUACAACUUUUUCUUUUGUAUCCUAUGUAUCUGUUGGAGACCCUGUUUUAAAACUUUUGAAAAGCACUAGCUAGAAAUUUUCUAUAUAUACAAUGGGUGCAAUGUUGAAAUUACUCUUC